AUGUCGCUGAAGCUGGGGAUGGCCGUUGCAUGGACCUGGAUCUUCCUCAUUGUCUUCCUGGUGACAGCGCCAGUCCUUCUCCUAGUGCUCCUGGGUUGGCUUCUCCCACGACGCUCCGCUCGAAGUGCUGGACAGAAGAUCCGCAUCGCGUUCGUCCACCCAGACCUGGGCAUUGGUGGAGCGGAGCGCUUGGUGGUGGAUGCCGCAGUGGCGCUUCAGAAUCAUGGCCAUGAGGUGGAGAUGUUCACAGCAAGGCAUGAAAAAGACCACUGCUUCGAAGAGACAAGGAAUGGAACUCUCAAAGUCCACGUCUUUGGCGAUUUCCUUCCGAGGAGAAUCUGCGGCCGGUUCUACGCUGCCUGCGCAUACCUUCGAAUGUGCUGGGUGUCACUCAGAAUCCUCCUGCUGUCCUUCGCUGGCGGGUUUCAUGUUCUGAUCGUUGAUCAGGUGUCCAUUUGUCUUCCAAUCUUGCGCUUGGCCCGGCCGCACGGCAUUAUCUUCUACUGCCACUACCCAGAUUACCUCCUGACCACCAAGUCUUCGGUACUGAAACGGCUGUACCGAUUUCCCUUGGAUCUGAUGGAGGAGCUGACCACAGGUAUGGCAGAUCAGAUCUACGUGAACUCCUCUUUCACUGCUGGCGUCUUUGCUGAAGCCUUUCCCCUGCUGGAUUGCCUGGGUAUCAUUCCCAGCGUGCUGUAUCCACCCUUGAACUUGCAAGACCAGGAUAGCAAUGCCAGCAAGGCGGGUGAGCUCUCCUUCCUGAAGCCGGGGGAACAACUCCUGCUGUCCAUCAAUCGCUUCGAACGGAAGAAGAACGUCGGGUUGGCGAUUCGGACCCUGGCAGAGCUGCCAUCGGAGUUGUUCGCCAAGACAAAACUCGUCUUGGCGGGGGGCUAUGAUGAGCGGCUCCCUGAAAACGUCGAACACGCGGCUGAACUGGAGGCCCUGGCCAAGAGCCUGGGGGUAGCGGAGCAUGUGGUGCAAAUGAGGUCAGUGUCAGCAACGCAGAAGGCGAGCCUCUUGCGACAUGCCGCCGCCUUGCUGUACACCCCUGACCGGGAGCACUUUGGCAUCGUGCCGGUGGAAGCCAUGUAUGCAAGGUUGCCGGUCGUGGCUGUGAACACGGGCGGGCCGUUGGAAAGCAUUGUGGAGAAUGAAACUGGCUACCUGCGACCCCAAGAUCCAAAGGCUUGGGCGGAGUGCGUCGCCAAACUGCUGAGAGAUACCGAGCUGCGGAAGCGCUUGGGGGAGGCUGGCCGCAGGCGUGCGCGGGAGAAAUUCUCCCUGGAGGCAUUUGGGAAGAUACUUCAUGGAUCGGUGGAACAGUUAGAUGGAGACCUGUCCAAGAAGUCCAAGAAAUCCGAGUGA